AUGGAGUCGGGCCGUCUUUUCUUCAAUUCCUCCACAUGCCACGGCAACAUGUUGUUCCUGGGGAACAGUGACCCCGUCUUUCGAGGGGCAAGAACGAUGAUUAGCAUGGAGGAAACCUCAAAGAGACGACCCUUUUUCAGCUCGCCGGAGGACAUGUAUGAUGAGGAGUACUACGACGAGCAGUUGCCGGAGAAAAAGCGCCGCCUUACGGCAGAGCAGGUGCAUCUGCUCGAGAAGAGCUUUGAGACAGAGAACAAGCUGGAGCCAGAGAGAAAGACCCAGUUGGCUAAGAAGCUAGGGCUGCAGCCAAGGCAGGUGGCCGUGUGGUUCCAGAACCGCCGUGCUAGGUGGAAGACAAAGCAGCUUGAAAGGGACUAUGAUCUCCUCAAAUCUUCUUAUGAUUCCCUUGUGUCAAAUUACGACUCUAUUGUCAAGGAGAACGAGAAGCUGAAAUCUGAGGUGGCUUCCUUGACUGAGAAGUUACAAGCCAAAGAUGCAACAGCAGAACCGGUAAUAGGUCAAAAGCCUGAACCCGUCCCAGCGGACAUGGUUUCCUCCCUCCAAUUCAGUGUGAAGGUUGAGGACCGCCUGAGUACCGGUAGUGCUGGGAGCGCAGUGGUCGAUGAGGAUGCCCCACAGCUCCUGGACAGCGGUGAUUCAUACUUUCCAAGUGAUGGAUACCCCGGAGGAUGUGUUGGCCCUGUCAAUGGGGUCCAAUCGGAGGAGGAGGACGGCAGUGAUGAUGGCCGCAGUUACUUCUCCAAUGUGUUCACGGCCUCGGAGGAGCAGCAGCAGCAUGAAGAAUCAUUAGGAUGGUGGGUCUGGUCCUAAAUGACCCCUUUAAUAAUAUCUGUACUAUUUUAAUAGUAUAUGAUGCUCUAAGACUACAUAUGAGAACCCCUAUAUAUGGGGAAAAGCAUAUGAAUAAAAUUUGUUUUGACUUCUUUUUGA